UGCCUUUCCUCAGAAAUAUAUUAAAUUCUCUGCUUAAAUCUUUUUUCUCUCGACAUACUUUAGAAAUGGCUUACAGUAGUUCUUCACUAGUGAAAUCCACUGGCGGUGUACAAGUUAAGAUCAAGUCAAAUGCUGAUAAGUUCUUUGACGCCAUUGCUAACUCUACAAAACUUUUUCCGACCGCGGUUCCGAGCCUAUACUCCUCCAUUUCUACUAGUAACGAAGAUAUUGGUGUUCGUUACAUCACUUAUGGCGAAGAUUGUUCGCGAAUUAAAGAGUCGGAGGAGGAGAUUAAUGUAAAGAAUCCGUCUAUAUUUUCUUACAGUGUACUUAGUGGGGAUAUUCUCAAGUAUUACGCAAGUUUCUGCGGUGAAAUAUCAGUUGUUUCAAAUGAAGAAGGGACGUGGGCGAAAUGGACAUGGGAAGCUGAUCUGCCAAAAGCAAAUAAACCUCUGGAUAUUGAAGUGGAGUUGGAGGAACUUGCAGUUAAGACUUUGGGAAAACUGGAUGAAUAUCUUGUUAGGGCAUAAUGCUCAUGUAUGUGUAUGAUAUAAUAUGAUGACUCUGUCAUCUUAUUACUUAAAUAAAACAUGUAAGAGAUAACUUAUAUGUAUCUCAUUUUAUUUACAAAUUAAUAUAUAAUAACAUAUUAAUGAA